UGGUAUGUUAUUAUAAUCAUGGGUUGGUAUUGAUGAAUCUUUUUAAUUCAGGGACGGAAGAGCCAGACAUAACAGGAGAUUUAGAAGAAGGAAAUAGUGUAGAAGGAGAAUCAUCUGCAGUAUCACAAACGCCGGGUGUUGAAGAUGACAGUAUGCCAUCAGGAUUGGGAUUGAAUACUGAAUUUGAGAUGUGUCAUGAUAUGCCAAGUACUUCAACUAAGCGCAGAAAACGACAAUAUGUUAGAUGGUCAAGCAGUGACACUGCAGCUUUGUUAACUCAUUUCAAGUCUUGUAUUGAAGACACUUCUGGUGAAAAUAAUACCGGUAGCUUACCAGGUUACAAAGACAUUAAAGAAUUUCUCCAAAAGGAGAAUAUACUGUCAGGCGUUAAAGACAGGAAAAGUAAAUUGAGAAUAAUUCAUGCAAAGCUAUUUACGGUAAUGAGAGGAAGAAAUUCAGAAAGGACUUUAAGAAAAGGCUUGCAAAUUUAAAUUAGACAUCAGUGGCAGCAAAUUUAUCAGAAAAACAGCUGACAGCAUUAGAUUGCAUCAAAAACAGAUUUCUUUGCUCAAAAUACAAUAUUGAGCAAAUACAUUUAUUCUAAUUGAAAUACUGACAGCAUUAACUUAAUUAAAAUGCUAACAUAAUUUUGGAUUUGCCAGUAGAAUUACAGAAUGGAUUAUUCGUGGGGGAGGUUUAUGUAUUUAAUUUCACAAAUAUACAUUCAUCAUAAUUUUUGUUGAACUUAGCUUUCUGUGAAUAAAACCCUCUCGAUAGUUGUGAAAAACAAGUAUCAUGACUGAAAACAAAAAAGCGUUUUACACUCCAUGAUAGUGGUUCUCAAAAUUUUUAAGAUGAGCCCCCUUUUUAGAAUUUUCAAGUUUUGCAACCCACCUUAAAAAUAAUUGUAGCUAAAAUAAGCUAUGAAUAACAGAUAGUAAGGCGUAUGUAUGUUUUAUUCACAGCAUGUGUGAAUGGAACAUAUAUAUUCAAAAUAAGGCGGGCAAAUUCAAAUCUCACAUAUUUAUUCAAUUAAGCUUUAUACCCCCCUCAAAAAUUGUCAAAGACCGCCAAUUCCCCACAUCCAUCGUUUGAAAACCACUUCUCUAUUAUAUCAUGUUCCGGUGGAAUACUUAAAUUAUAUCGAUUAUGUAACAUUUCUUAAUUUAGUUUUAUAAUAUUUUUGUAAAAUCAUGUCCAAACAUCGGACCUGUGUCAGUAAUUUUUUUUCAUAUCUUUGUAUGCGAAUUUCGUUGACGAAUUAACUUAUGUGUGACGAGUUCUACUCGCUUACUUAUUUUUAUUAAUAAAUUUGUAAUUUCAUUUUAUAGUAUUUCUGUAUAAUCAUGUCCAAACAUCGGACCUGUGUCACU